AUGGACGCUGAUGAGACCCAGCCGCUAGAGCCGUCUCCGCCCCGCGCUGCCGUCCGGUCCCGGCCGUCGAGCUGGAGCAGCAGCGGGAGCGGCGGCGGCGUCGAGUACACGAGCCUCCGGGACGUGCUCGCCGAGGCCGGUCCCCGGAGCUGCGGCGGCGGCAGCUUCGGGGACGCGGGCGGCCCCGCCGCGAUCGACUUCGACGCGUCCAACAUCAACAUCCGCAACCAGCUGCUGAAGCACGCCGCGUCGGCGUACCUCCAGUCGGCGAUCGUCGUCCCGCCGCGGGACCGUGGGUGCCUCAGCAGGCUGUGGAGGGGGCUGCUGCACCGCCGGCGGUGCCGCAUCCUCCUGCGGCCGUGGCCGGAAUGCUGCGGCGGUGGCGCUGGGGACCCAGCGUGCCUCUGCGCCGCGUCCGUAGCAGCCUCGGCGCGCCGGCUCAUCGCCUUCCUGUCCGGCUGCGUCGCUCGCAUGUGGACGUAG